AGAAGGUCUGAACACGAAGGGAAGUCGGUGGCACCACCUCCCUCUCCCUCUCUUUGUCUGUCUUAUUUAUCUUUAUAUAUCUGAAAAAAAGAAAAAAACGAAAUCUCGUUUGGCGCUCCGUGAAAGAUUUCGGGCGACGAAAACAACAAAGCUUAGCUUGCUUGUUCGCUUGCUCGAGGGUUUUUCCACCUGAAAUUUUAAUACUAUUCCUUCAAUUUGUUUCUGGUUAUUGAAUUCAGCAAGAUGAGACGGUCAUCCACCAGGAAAAGCGGGCCUGCGAAUCACGCAUCGUCCGUGAAUUCCUCAGCGGUUGAUAUCUUUCGCUCUGCCUCAAGUAAAGCUAUUAUCAAGGAGUUGGAAAGGAUUGAUAACCUCUUUCACUCAUAUGCAAAUAAGUCCUCUGGCAUGAUUGACCCAGAAGGAAUAGAGGCACUUUGUUCAGAUAUAGAAGUGGACCAUACUGAUGUGAGAAUCCUGAUGUUGGCUUGGAAAAUGAAAGCUGAGAAGCAAGGAUAUUUUACCCUGGAUGAGUGGCGAAGGGGUCUAAAAGCAUUGCGAGCUGACACUAUUAGCAAAUUAAAGAAGGCACUCCCUGAGCUGGAGAAAGAGGUCAAGAGGUCACCAAACUUUGUGGAUUUCUAUGCUUAUGCAUUUCGAUACUGCCUAACAGAGGAGAAGCAAAAGAGUAUAGACAUUGAGAGCAUCUGUCAAUUGCUGGAUCUUGUGUUAGGUUCACACUUUCGUCCCCAAGUAGACAUGCUCAUUGAGUAUCUAAAGACCCAGAAUGAUUACAAGGUGAUAAACAUGGAUCAGUGGAUGGGCUUUCUCCGAUUUUGCAAUGAGAUCAGUUUCCCAGACCUUAGCAACUACGAUCCAGACCUUGCUUGGCCCUUGAUCCUGGAUAAUUUUGUUGAAUGGAUGAGAGCUAUGCAAAGCUAGGUUAUGCAUUUUUGGCGAUAUUGAUUUUCCGCCCCAAAUUACAGAGUCGUUAGAAAAGGACACUUUGUCAAAUUUAACACAUGGAACGUCUUCUCACCUUCUAAAUAUUCAUCAGGGCGCCAUUUCUGCAGAAGUUAAAACCUUUGUGGUAUGGACACGCUUGAGAGAGUUUUGGUACAUUUACCCAUGAGCUCUGAUGCUACACUUUCCAAUUGUUUACCUGCCACUUGAUUGACUGGUUUAGCAAAAUCCAUUUGUUGUUGGAAUUCAAAAAGGUACAAUCCUUUAAUUGAGAAUCGAUUAAAUACAAAGUCAUCCAUUCUAUUGCCUUCAAA